AUGGCCUCCCGUCAAGGGAAGCCAGACGAGGAGCUGUUCCUUCAACGACCCUCAAAUGGGGAGGACAGCCCUACCGUCGAGCCUCUGAGAAUCAACAAGCCGCUGAGCCCGAAACCUCGAGCAGACUCAGCAGCAUCUGGUCGAACGAAAUAUCAGCCCCCAUCCAGCAGCAAACUUACGUUUCCGCUGCCUCCUGGUGCUUCGAGCUCUGCGAGUCCUCUCCCCUAUCCCGACGACGAGGAUACAUACGAGUAUCCCCGCCCCUCCGAACCUCGACGCGCCCCAUACCCUGACGAUCCCAGGCCAGCUCCAGAUAGAUCUGGCUCUGGAGGAGCGAGUAAAGAGCAAGGCAGGCCCGCACCGAGUCGCAAGGGCACAAAUGAUACCACACCUCGAUUGACUACAAGUCCUAUCGACAAGAGGGGUCCUGGGCUGGCAGAACGACGGGGAACUGCCCCUAAACCUCUACCAGAAUCUCCAGGCCCAGAUCUUCCUGACAAGGAGGCGUCUGUUAAAUCCCCCAAAAGAGAUCAAAAAGCGUCUGGCGCAAGACGCCCAUCGCAGACAACACCCUCCUAUCCUGAGUUCCGUCAACAGUACUAUCCACCUCCUAUUCCAUCCGAGCCAAAUGGGAUGGAUAAUUCAAAUUUAAUCGCACCCAAGCCGAGCGCGAUGAACAGAUUCGCAUCGACCGCCUCCACCUCUACCACGAGAGCAACGAGAGGUUCUCCCCCACCUCCAGAAACUCCGAUAGUAGGCCCUGGGGAACAACCUGGUGGUGGGAUUGAGGCUCGAUAUGCGGCUGCAGGAAUUUCUGGAACUGCGACUCUAAGUAGCCUUCAGGCGCAAAACGCUGCCGCGGCACAACGGGCAAACCAAUACGGACCUCCUCCUGUUCCUCAACUGCCACAAUCUCCUGGUCUCGCGGCUGGUCAACAGAACAUUCCCCGGCCAUGGACCCCUACUGAAUCUCCCGACAAUCAGCCACACGGGCCCCCAACUGUCUACCAAGGACUUAAUCAAGUUACUUCAGGAUCCCCUCCUAGACAGAGCGCGGCAGGGACACAACCCAAUGCCCUUGAACAAGACUUCCAGCGCAUGCAGCUUUCGCCCUCUCCUCCACCAGCUUAUUCUAGUGUGACUCCCGGCGCGAACGGAGCUGGCGCUACAACUUAUCCCAAUGAGAAACGACAAGGCCGUCCUGCAGACAUUACCACCGUUCCCAGGCCGAACAUAGCCUCUCCACUCACAUCACCUGCUCUGCAGCAUCCUGGGCAUCCUGCAUUUGCAAACGAUCCACCUGAACCUUCAGCAGCCGCCCAGCAAACUCAACCGGCGCAAACACCUCAACCUCAGCAAUUUGCGAAUGCAUCUCCUUUCCAGCCCGGCGGCCCGAGUUCCCCACCGCCACUCCCAGAGGGUUGGAUUGCUCAUCUAGAUCAGAAUUCAGGCCAGUACUAUUAUAUCCAUCUCCCAACACAGGCUACACAAUGGGAAUUUCCCAAAGGGCCAACUCCUCUCAACCAUGAUAUUGCUCCACAUUCUCCUGCGGUCUCAACUUAUGGAAAUCCUCUGGCAUCUCCGUCAUUUAGCACCUUUGGCAAGACUCCUCUCGGUUCACCUGGGUUUGCCCCUCUUACUCCCGGUUACGCUGAAAGCAUCAUGAGCAUGGCUUCACAGACACCUUCAACGGCAGGGUUUUCAGGGCCUCCACCAAGUGCUGGCGUAGAUAUGUACAAAGUUGUUCCGACCAACGGUGUCUACUUUGGACCUUAUCUACGAUAUGUCAAUAUGGACAUGGAGAGAGGAAUGUGGCUCGGCACUAUCAUGCUUGUAACAGAGGCUCCACAACCCCCAACGAUACACAUUCAUCAGAGUGUGGAUCUAUCCCCGAACCCUCGCCAAUUGAAGCCUAACCUAAUAUUUACGCAUCAGCGAUGGACCUUUUACCGGUACGACGUUGAUUUGCAAAUGGGUGAAGGUCCUAGUGAUAAAUGGACGUAUGCGAUCACUUCUCACUUGGGUUGCACUCGAUACGAGUUCCUUGUUGCUGGCCGCUACGAGACGAACUGGAGAUUCAUCGCACAUUCAGGAAACGACUUUGCUCUAAACACAAACUUGACUGAGCGUAGUAAGCUCGGGGGCAUUGGAUUCAUGUGGAAAGAUAUCUUGCAAAAGAAUGUAGAAUGCGGUGGCUUUCACGUUCAGCUUGGGCUGGGAGACCAAAUAUAUGGAGACCGAUUGUGGAAAGAAAUCCCACUUCUCAAACAGUGGUUGGCAAUGAGUGGUAAAGACAACCGCAAGAGUGCAGCUUGGACUGCCAGGCACGAGGAGGACGUUUCACAUGCUUAUUUCCAUUAUUAUACCAGCCAUUUCGAUCAGCCAUAUUUGAGAGAGGCUUUCGCUCAGAUCCCACACAUUUUACAGAUCGAUGAUCAUGACAUAUUUGAUGGGUUCGGAUCCUAUCCGGAGUAUAUGCAGUCCUCAAAUAUGUUCAAGAACAUUGGUCGGAUCGGUAUUGAGAUGUACCUCUUGUUCCAGCAUCAUACGACUCUUGAAAUCCUCCGAAACGUCAGCACGGAUACAGAUCUUUUCACAAUUACAGGCUCUGGAUGGCAUUUUGUCAAAUAUCUCGGUCCUGCGGUAGUUGUUGUGGGCCCAGAUUGCCGUUCAGAACGCACUCAGAGGCAAGUCAUGGCUGGUCCAACAUACCAAGGAAUCUUCCCGAAAGUUGCAACGCUUCCGCCAAGUGUGCAGCAUUGCAUAUGGAUGAUUUCAGUGCCUGUUGUCUAUCCUCGUCUUGAGACUGUCGAAAGUCUUGCUCAAACUAUGGCAACCGCCAAGAAAGGAGUUACCGGAACGUACAACUUGAUCGGUAAAGUUACAAGCUCCAUGGCCGGUGUUGUGGGAGGCAAGGAUGCAGUGGCAUCUGGCUUUUCCCAGGUCAAAAAAGCCGUUGGCAAAUCUGGCUUGAUGGGUGGUGUGCUGAACACAUUUGGAGAUAUCGAUAUUGCCGAUGAACUCCGGGACAUGUGGACGCACGAAUCAAAGGAUCUCGAAAGAACAUACUUGAUUAGGACUUUACAAGGGAUUGCACACCAGAAGGGUAUCCGUAUGACAUUCUUAUCAGGAGAUGUUAAUUGCUGCGGUGCUGGCCUUGUUCAUGACCCAAGUCAUCCGGGUGACCAUAAGACGAUGUAUCAAGUCAUUUCAUCGGCUGUUGUAGCUGCUCCUCCACCAUCCUAUGUUCUCAAGAUGCUGCACAACAACAAGCCACUUUACGUUCCAGCAAACGGCCAAAAGUCUACCAACGCUGUCACGGAUACCAAAGAGGACAUGAUGGAAAUCUUUCAAACAGAUACGAAUGGUGGACCUCGCGAGAUGAAGAAGCUAAUGGGCAGAAGAAACUACGUCGCGUUCGUGGCAUACGAUCCCGAAGCCAUCGCAGGAACACAAUACGCAGCAAGCAUGCACAGCGGGCACCAAGGCUUGGCAAAACUGAGCUUGGCGGUGGAUUUUGUAGUUCAGGGAGACUCUGGCUUUACUCCUCCGACGAAAUAUGGGCCUGUGAUUAUUCCAACUCUGGAAUUCGGACGAUAG